ACAAAUGAACUAAUUGGAUCUUCCUUACAAUCAUCAGAUCAAUUCAUCAUCGGGAAUGAUGUACCAUGAGAAGCUUAACAAAUAUUGAUUACUUUCAACCACCGACUAAUCAACUUCCCCAAGGUUCACUUUUAAAUUGUUCAUUUCAAUUGUUAUCAAGUAUAUUCACCAAUCUUGAUAAAAGAGAUUCACUUCGAGUGGUUUUAUUUAAUCUAAUUAAUGAUCAAAAAUCAAUCAGUGGUCAUGAUGAUGAUAAAGAAAGAUUUUUCGAUAAAAGUAAAAUUAAUUUCAUCGAAGAUCCAAUCCAGUUAAUUACAAUUGGUAAAGUUUAUUUAGAACAAUUAAUUUCUUCAGUUGAUUGUAACUUUUUCCAUUCAUCUCUUACAUGGGAAAACAAGCAAUCAUCAAGUGGAUUACAGUAGUUGAUUAUCCACACGAUUUGCAAAGCAAAUUAAAUUCGUUAAACUCUCCUUUUCUUGAAAAAUUAAAUGAUCCUAAUUUAACCUUAGAAGUUAACAAAAUGUUGAUCAUGAUACAAUUAUGGAUCCAAUCAAAGUCUCUCGGUGUGGAUUGAAAUUUACAGAAUUACAAUAAAAUGAUCGAUUUAAAGAUCGCGGGUGGGCAGCGAUAAUCUCUUGCCGUGUAAUCUGCUGAUCCAAGUUUGUGUUCUAAAGAGACUUUGAAAGUCGCAAAUCUUUUAAUAAUUGAUUAGAUUGUUUCAUGCAACUUUCAACAAUGAAUAUCAACGAUUUGCCUGAUGAUUGUUUACUUUUGAUUUUUGAUCACUUUUAUCAAUUGCGACAAUUUGCUACAUUUAUGAAAGUUUGUCGCCGCUGGAAGAUAUUAGUAGAAAAGAGACUGAAGAAGAUCACUCACUUUGAUGUUACAUUGGCCACUCGAUUAAGGCGGAUUGAUCAUUCGCUUGAACAAAAUAAUCUUCUAUUAGCUCGUAAAUGUAUCAUCACAAUAAGCAGAAAGUUCUUGAUGAAAAUUAAACUCUCUAAACUUUUUCCUAAUGUUAAGAUAAUCCAUCUUGAAAAUUACGCUCAAAACUGUCUUUGCUCUGCAUUAGUUCAUUUACUGUCCAAAGCGAAUCAAAUUAAAGGCUUGAGCGUUGAGCUUGAAUCAAGGCUUAAGAAUUAUAGUCGCUAUGAUAAAAGUCAUGAAUGUAAAAUUUUAAAAAGAGAAGAAAAAAGGUUAACAUCAUUUCUGAGUGAUAUUGAAUUUUUAGGAAUUAGUAAUGACUUAAUAGUUACAAGUUAUCUCAGAACUUUUGGUCAUCUUAAGAAAUUGAAAUCUCUUGGUUCUUCAAAUUACUUCUAUCCUGUAAAUUCACUCCAUGUUCUUAAAUUUGCCCAAUUUUUGACGAAUCUCGAGCGACUUGUUGCUUUUUGUAACGAUGAGUCUGAUGAUUUUGUUUGCGUCCAAGACCAAUUACCGAUAUUUAACAAUAUUUUACAUCUUCGUCUUGAAAGUAUUUCAAAUGAUGGAUCUACUUUCACAAAAUUUUUGAACUUGUGUCCAAAUUUAAUCAACCUUUCUCUGAGUGUGUAUUUUGCUAAAAUUGAUCAAAUUCGUCAAAUCAACAGAAACUUCAAUGUCCAAAGAUUGGAUUUACAAUUUUAUGCGCAGGAUCAAGAAAAGAUGCUAACAACCACUGAAAAGUUUCCGAACUGUCGAUAUUUGAGUAUCUGUAGUUCAUGUUUACUACCCUCACAAGAUUUGAUACAGAUUAUAAGUACAUUACCUCAUUUGUCAUUAUUGCAUGUCAAAAAUGAUUGCACCGAUUUAGCAAAAACACAAAUCAUCAAAAACUAUUGUCACUCGCAAAAUCCUAAAAUUGAUGUUUACUUUGGUUAUUCAAAUAAGGAACUAAUGAUGUCUAAUGAACUUUAUCGAAAGUUUGAUAAUCCAUUUCUACAUAAAUGAAGUCUAAGGAUUAAAAGUUUCUGAUUCUACAUUUAUAAUCCAACCUAACAAGAAGAAUCGAGCUGUUUUAAAAUACCCGAAUAAGCUCUAACCUUGUCUCGAGAUUCAAGUUGAUAAAAAGAAUCAGUCGCUUCAAUUGCAAAUAAUAAUUCAAAAAUUCAUGUAAUACUCCAUGUAUUCAUUAAUACAUUUAAGUUAUGCAAUCGAGGUCGAAAGUAAUUCUUCAUAUCCCGAUUGGUAUGAUUGUAAAGUGUUUUAUUUGAAACUAACAAUGUAAACAAACUUAUCUAACACGAUGAUAAAGACACUU